AUGCUGGAGGAAGAGCUGAGCCCGUGCUGCACCAUCAGGGAAAACGAAGAGGAGAUCGUCAGAUUUCCUCAUGAAAAAGAGGAGCCUGAGCCACCUAAGACAUACUACAUUGAGGAGACAGUUAUUGAGGAGGGUGAACCACAUGAGGUGAUCACUGAGAUCACUGAGACCACAGAAUCCACGGGUCCCCAUACCACCAUAUAUACAGUUGAGCAUGAAAAGCCUUCCAUUCAGCAUCAAAAACCUGUUACGCAUGGAGCACCUCCAGUCAGAAAGAGGACAAUACGGACGAAAGUAGACCCAUCCAAGUUUUUGACACCUUAUCUGCAACACAUUUGGCUGGUGAAACAUCUGGAAAUACAUCAGUUUGAAACUCCCAAAGAGAGUAAAAUCAGUUGGAGAAAAGAAAAAGGAAAGCCAUAUGCUUCAACAAUUGAUACCCCCGAACUUCGGCGAAUCAAGAAAGUACAAGACCAGCUCAGUGAGGUUAAAUACCGCAUGGAUGGUGAAGUUGCUAGAACUAUUUGCCAUGUUGAUGAAAAGGCCAAGGAUAUAGAACAUGCAAAGAAGGUCUCACAGCAAGUGAGCAAGGUGUUAUAUAAACAGAAUUGGGAGGAGAAUAAAGACAAGUACCUACUUCCCCCAGAUGCUCCAGAACUUGUGAAUGCAAUAAAAAAUACAGCAAUGUUUAGUAAGAAACUCUAUACAGAAGACUGGGAAGGAGAUAAAACAUUAUUCUAUCCAUACAAUGACAGUCCAGAGCUCAGGAGGGUGGCACAGGCCCAAAAGGCUCUGAGUGAUAUUGUCUACAAAAAAGGUCAUGAUGAACGAAAAUCUAAAUACACUUCUCUGCCAGAUCCACCUGAUGUGGAACUAGCCAAGAAAGUGACAAGGCAACUCAGUGAUAUUAACUACCAUGAAGACUAUAAGAAGAAGAUCAAAGGCAAGUGGAGUCAAACUCCAUGCUAUGAUGUUGCAAUUGCAAAAAUGAAUUCAGAAAAUUUAAGUAUGAGAAAAUACCAGGAAGACUUUGAGAGCAUGAAAGACCAAAUCUACUUUAUGCAGACUGAAACUCCAGAAUAUGAAGCAAAUAAGCGACUUGGAAAUAAUGUCAGUAAGAUAAAAUACAGAGCAGAUUAUGAAAAGAACAAAGCUAUUGCAGAUUAUAAUGUACUUCCUGCUACAGAGAACCCUUUGCUGAGGCAAUUAAAAGCUGCAGGAAAUGUGUUGAGUGAUAAAUUAUACAAAGAAGCCUAUGAACAAUCAAAAGGAACAAGCAUGAAUUAUUGUGACACUCCGAAGUUUCAGACUGAUAGUGUUCUGAAAAAUUUUAGUGAUGUAAAAUAUAAAGAUGCAUAUCAAAAGAAUAUUUUAGGACACUAUUUAGGGAGCUAUGAGGACCCAUAUCAUACACAUUGUAUGAAAGUUGAAGCUAUGAAGAGUGAUAAAAAUUACAAAGCAGAUUAUGAGGAGGAUAAGUCAAAAUGCUAUUUCCCUCAGACUAUAACCCAAGAAUAUGAAGCUAUUAAGAAGUUAGAUCAGUGUAAAGAUCAUACCUACAAAAAACACCCUGAUCAAAUCAAAUUUACUCAAGUGGCAGACUCUCCAGUGCAGAAGCAAGCAGAGAUCAAUAGCAAACAGCUAAGUGAUUUGAAGUACAAAGCUAAACAUGAAAGUGAGAAGUUCAAAUGUUCUAUACCACCAGAUGCUCCGUUUUUCCUCCAGUCUCGUGUCAAUGCAUAUAACAUUAGUGAUAAUUGUUACAAGUAUGAAUGGGAAAAGUCUAAAGAUAAGCAGUUUGAAAUCAAAGUUGAUGCAAUUCCACUUCUUGCAGCUAAGGCUCACAAUAAAAUUGCAAGUGAUGUGGAAUACAAGAAAGCAUAUGAGCAGAGUAAAGGGAAGAUGGUUGGAGCCCUGAGUGUUCAUGAUGAUCCCAAGAUACUACAUUCCAUGAAAGUGGCCAAACAGCAGAGUGAUCGUGAGUACAAAUUGGCUUAUGAAACAUCAAAGACCAACUAUACGGCACCAUUGGACAUGAUCCCAGUUGUUCAAGCAAAAAAAUCUCAAGAAAUCGCCAGCAAUGUGGACUACAAGAACAUCCCUCAUACUUACUUUUAUCCUCCUGACAGCGUUAAUGUGGAGCUUGCAAAGAAAGCCUAUAGUCUUCAGAGUGAUAAUGAGUAUAAAUCUGAUUACAACAGUGACAUGAAAGGCUGUGGCUGGAUACCGUUGGGAUCCCUAGAAGUAGAGAAGGUUAAGAGAGCUUCAGAUAUUCUGAAUGAGAAAAAGUAUCGCCAGCAUCCAGACACCAUUAAGUUUACACAGAUUGAAGAUGAGCCUGUUAUGGUUCAGGCUAAAAUCAACCAGGCUCAGAGAAGUGAUGUACUGUAUAAAUCCAAAGGUGAAGAAGUUAUUCACAAGUACCACCUUCCUCCAGAUGUGCCUCAGUUUAUCCAGGCUAAAGUUAAUGCCUAUAAUAUUAGUGAUAACUACUACAAAAUUGGAUUGGAAGAAUUAAAAUCAAAGGGAUAUGAUCUAAGAAGUGAUGCUAUUCCUAUCAGAGCUGCCAAGGCUGCUAGACAGGCUGUCAGCGACGUUAACUAUAAAAAAGGCUAUGAACUUGCCAAGGGUAAACUUAUUGGCUUCCAGAGCCUCCAAGAUGAUCCGAAACUGGUUCAUUAUAUGAAAGUAGCCAAGAUGCAAUCUGAGCGAGAGUACAAGAAAGAUUAUGAGAAAACAAAAACUAAGUACAAUACCCCACUGGAUAUGGUCAAUGUUGUGGCUGCCAAGAAGGCUCAAGAGAUUGCCAGCAAUGCUAAUUACAAGAACCUCCUGCACCACUAUACUUAUUUACCAGAUGCAAUGAACUUGGAGUUGACCAAAAACAUGAUGGAGAUUCAGAGUGAUAAUGCAUACAAACAGGACUAUAACAGCUGGUUCAAGGGUAUUGGAUGGAGUCCUCUGGGUUCUCUGGAUGUUGAAAAAGCUAAAAAGGCUGGAGAUGCACUAAAUGAGAAGAAAUACCGUCAGCACCCAGACACCAUCAAAUUUACAAGUAUACCAGAUUCGAUACCAAUGGUUUUAGCUCAGCACAAUACCAAGCAACUGAGUGAUGUAACAUAUAAGCAGGAAGGUGAAAAAGUAAAACACAAAUACACUCUGGAUCCUGAUGUUCCACAGUUUAUUCAAGCCAGGGUCAAUGCCUUCAAUCUGAGUGAUGCUAACUACAAAGCAGACUGGAAAAAAACUAUUGCCAAAGGGUAUGAUCUGAAACCAGAUGCCAUUCCUAUUAUUGCUGCUAAAGCUUCUCAGAACAUUGCCAGUGGUUACAAGUACAAGGAAUCUUAUGAGAAAGAGAAAGGCAAACAGGUUGGAUACCGUAGCCUGCAGGAUGAUCCUAAACUUGUUCAUUACAUGAAUGUGGCCAAAAUGCAAUCAGAUCGUGAAUACAAAAAGGAUUAUGAAGUCACCAAGACCAAAUAUCACACUCCCUUGGAUAUGUUCAGUGUGACAGCUGCCAAGAAAGCCCAGGAAGCUGUUACAAACGCUGGCUAUAAACAGCUAAUCCACAAUUAUACGCUCUUGCCUGAUGCUGUGAACCUGGAACUAUCAAAAAAUAUGAUGCAGAUUCAGAGUGAUAAUGCCUACAAAGCAGAUUUUACUAACUGGUUAAGAGGAGUUGGUUGGAUGCCAAUUCAGUCAUUGGAUGUAGAAAAGGCCAAAAAAGCUACAGAGAUUCUUAGUGAAAAGAAGUAUCGCCAGCACCCAGACAAGCUGAAAUAUUCCAUUACGAUGGAUGCAAUGGAACAGGUGCUUGCUAAACAAAAUGCCAAGACCAUGAAUAAGAGGCUCUACACUGAUAAAUGGAACAAAGAGAAGACUAACAUUCACGUUAUGCCAGAUACUCCAGAAAUUCUGCAGUCUAGAGUGAACCAGAUCACCAUGAGUGAUAAACUAUACAAAGCUGGUUGGGAGGAAGAGAAAAAGAAAGGUUAUGACAUGCAGCCCGAUGCUAUUCCUAUAAAAGCAGCCAAAGCCUCCAGAGACAUUGCAAGUGAUUAUAAAUACAAACUAGCCUAUGAAAAAUCAAAAGGAAAGCAUAUUGGGUUCCGCAGUCUUGAAGACGACCCCAAGCUGGUGCACUUCAUGCAAGUGGCUAAGAUGCAGUCCGAUCGUGAAUACAAAAAAGAUUAUGAGAAAGCAAAAACUAAUUUUCAUACCCCAGUUGACAUGCUCAGUGUUGUGGCAGCCAAGAAGGCACAGGAGGUGGCUACAAAUGCAAACUACAGAAACUUGAUCCAUACUUACAAUAUUUUGCCAGAUGCUAUGAGUCUUGAAUUAGCCAAGAACAUGAUGCAGAUACAGAGCGAUAAUCAAUACAAAGCAGAAUAUGAUGAAAGUAUGAAAGGUGUUGGAUGGAUGCCAUUGGGCUCCUUGGAAGCUGAGAAAAACAAAAAAGCCAUGGAAAUUGUCAGUGAAAAGAAAUACCGUCAGCAUCCAGACAAGUGGGAGUACUCUGUUCCUAUGGACUCUAUGAACAUGGUCUUAGCUUUAAAUAAUGCAAAAAUCAUGGAUGAACACCGAUAUAAACAAGCAUGGGAAGAAGACAAAAAGAACGUUCAUAUCACACCAGAUAUUCCACAGAUUGCUUUAGCAAAAGCCAAUGCAUUUAAUUUAAGUGAUAAAAUGUACAGACUUUCCUUUGAAGAAUCUAGGAAGAAAGGAUACGAUCUCAGAGCUGACGCUAUCCCCAUUAAAGCUGCCAAAGCUUCUAGAGACAUUGCUAGUGAUUAUAAGUACAAAUUAGGUUAUGAACAAGACAAGGGAAAACUUGUAGGCUUCCGCAGUCUUCAGGAUGAUCCCAAGCUUGUCCAUUACAUGCAAGUGGCAAAGAUGCAAUCUGAUCGUGAGUACAAGAAAGCCUAUGAGACAAGCAAGACACAUUACCAAACACCUUCUGAUGCACUUAGUAUCAUGGCAGCUAAAGAGGCACAGGAUCGUGUAACCAAUACUAACUACAAGCGGCUGAUUCACCACUAUAUGCUUCUACCAGAUGCAAUGAGUUUAGAACUGUCCAGAAACAUGAAUCGGAUACAAAGUGAUAAUGAGUACAAGCACGAUUACAAUGACUGGUACAAGGGUGUUGGCUGGAGUCCUGCUGGUUCUCUGGAUGUGGAGAAAUCUAAGAAAGCUACAGAAAUUGCAAGUGACCAGAAAUACCGCCAGCAUCCCAGCAUGUUCCCCUUUACAAAACAGAAUGAUGCCAUGGACAUGGUGCUUGCAAAGCAGAAUGCAGAAAUAAUGAAUAAGCAUGCUUAUAUUCAAGCUUGGGAGAAGGAUAAAACUCAGAUUCAUGUGAUGCCAGAUACACCGGAUAUUCUACAGGCUAAGCAGAACAGUACGAACUACAGUCAGAAACUAUACAAGCUUGGCUGGGAAGAAAUGAUAAAGAAAGGCUAUGACCUCACACCUGAAGCCAUUUCAGUGAAAGCUGCCAAAGCUUCAAGGGAUAUUGCAAGUGAUUACAAGUAUAAAGAAGGCUACCGCAAGCAACAGGGACAUCACAUUGGAUUCCGCAGCUUACAGGAUGAUCCUAAGAUGAUGUGGUCUAUGCAAGUAGCUAAGAUGCAGAGUGAGAGGGAAUACAAAAAAGAUUUUGAAAAGUGGAAGACAAAGUUUAACAUGCCCGUGGAUAUGCUAGGCUUCCUUCUGGCUAAGAAAUGUCAGGAACUUGUUAGCGAUAUAGACUACAAACACAUGCUACACCGCUGGACUUGUCUGCCAGACCAGAAUGAUGUCAUUCAAGCAAAGAGGGUCUAUGAACUGCAGAGUGAUAAUCUGUAUAAAUCAGACCUACAGUGGCUCAAAGGUCUUGGAUGGAGUCCUUUGGGAUCUUUGGAAUCUGAAAAGAAUAAGAAAGCUUCUGAAAUCCUGAGUGAGAAGAAGUACCGGCAGCACCCAGAUACUAUUAAGUUCACAAGUAUCCCAGAUGCCAUGGACAUAGUUUUAGCAAAAUCUAAUGCCAAAAAUAGAAGUGAUAUACUGUAUAGAGAAGCGUGGGACAAGGACAAGACUCAGGUUCACAUCAUGCCUGAUACUCCUGAAAUCUUGCUGGCAAAAUCAAAUUUAAUCAACACAAGUGAUAAACUUUACAAGUUAGGAUAUGAAGAACUGAAGAAAAAAGGCUAUGAUCUUCCUCCUGAUGCUAUACCACUCAAGGCAGCAAAGGCAUCCAGAGAAAUAGCUAGUGAGUAUCAAUAUAAAACAGCUUACCGCAAGCAGCUUGGCCACCAUAUUGGAGCGCGGAACAUAGAGGAUGACCCAAAGAUGCUGUGGUCUAUGCACGUAGCCAAGGUCCAGAGUGACAGGGAGUACAAGAAAGCCUUUGAGAAGACAAAGACGCACUUCAGUAGCCCGGUGGACAUGCUGGGAAUUGUGUUGGCAAAGAAAUGUCAGGAGCUGGUCAGUGAUAUUGAUUACAAGCAUCCUCUGCAUCGGUGGACCUGUCUGCCGGACCAGAAUGAUGUUGUACAAGCGAGGAAAAUGUAUGACCUGCAGAGCGAUAUUGUGUACAAGUCCGAUCUCCAGUGGCUGAGGGGCAUUGGCUGGUUGCCAAGUGGUUCGUUGGACGAUGAGAAGAAUAAGCGAGCAUGCCUCAUCCUGAGUGACAAGAAGUAUCGGCAGCACCCGGACACCAUCAAAUUCACGAGCCCUGCUGACUCUAUGUCAAUGGUUCUGGCGAAGCACAACUCUGAGAUGAUGAACCAGCGCUCAUACACGUCAGCUUGGGAGAAGGAUAAAACCAGCGUUCACAUUAUGCCAGACACGCCUGAUAUUUUGCUAGCGCAGCAGAACAGACUGAACUACAGCGAGAAACUGUACAAGCUUGCUAUGGAAGAAGAGAAGAAAAAGGGGUAUGACCUGCGAGCAGAUGCCAUUCCUAUCAAGGCUGCAAAAGCUUCCAGAGAUAUUGCAAGUGAUUACAGGUAUAAAGAAGGCUAUCGCAAGCAGCUUGGCCACCAUAUUGGAGCGCGGAACAUAGAGGAUGACCCGAAGAUGCUGUGGUCUAUGCACGUAGCCAAGAUCCAGAGUGACAGGGAGUACAAGAAAGCCUUUGAGAAGACAAAGACGCACUUCAGUAGCCCGGUGGACAUGCUGGGAAUUGUGUUGGCAAAGAAAUGUCAGGAGCUGGUCAGUGAUAUUGAUUACAAGCAUCCUCUGCAUCGGUGGACCUGUCUGCCGGACCAGAAUGAUGUUGUACAAGCGAGGAAAAUGUAUGACCUGCAGAGCGAUAUUGUGUACAAGUCCGAUCUCCAGUGGCUGAGGGGCAUUGGCUGGUUGCCAAGUGGUUCGUUGGACGAUGAGAAGAAUAAGCGAGCAUGCCUCAUCCUGAGUGACAAGAAGUAUCGGCAGCACCCGGACACCAUCAAAUUCACGAGCCCUGCUGACUCUAUGUCAAUGGUUCUGGCGAAGCACAACUCUGAGAUGAUGAACCAGCGCUCAUACACGUCAGCUUGGGAGAAGGAUAAAACCAGCGUUCACAUUAUGCCAGACACGCCUGAUAUUUUGCUAGCGCAGCAGAACAGACUGAACUACAGCGAGAAACUGUACAAGCUUGCUAUGGAAGAAGAGAAGAAAAAGGGGUAUGACCUGCGAGCAGAUGCCAUUCCUAUCAAGGCUGCAAAAGCUUCCAGAGAUAUUGCAAGUGAUUAUAAGUAUAAAGAAGGCUAUCGUAAGCAGCUUGGCCACCAUAUUGGAGCGCGGAACAUAGAGGAUGACCCGAAGAUGCUGUGGUCUAUGCACGUAGCCAAGGUCCAGAGUGACAGGGAGUACAAGAAAGCCUUUGAGAAGACAAAGACGCACUUCAGUAGCCCGGUGGACAUGCUGGGAAUUGUGUUGGCAAAGAAAUGUCAGGAGCUGGUCAGUGAUAUUGAUUACAAGCAUCCUCUGCAUCGGUGGACCUGUCUGCCGGACCAGAAUGAUGUUGUACAAGCGAGGAAAAUGUAUGACCUGCAGAGCGAUAUUGUGUACAAGUCCGAUCUCCAGUGGCUGAGGGGCAUUGGCUGGUUGCCAAGUGGUUCGUUGGACGAUGAGAAGAAUAAGCGAGCAUGCCUCAUCCUGAGUGACAAGAAGUAUCGGCAGCACCCGGACACCAUCAAAUUCACGAGCCCUGCUGACUCUAUGUCAAUGGUUCUGGCGAAGCACAACUCUGAGAUGAUGAACCAGCGCUCAUACACGUCAGCUUGGGAGAAGGAUAAAACCAGCGUUCACAUUAUGCCAGACACGCCUGAUAUUUUGCUAGCGCAGCAGAACAGACUGAACUACAGCGAGAAACUGUACAAGCUUGCUAUGGAAGAAGAGAAGAAAAAGGGGUAUGACCUGCGAGCAGAUGCCAUUCCUAUCAAGGCUGCAAAAGCUUCCAGAGAUAUUGCAAGUGAUUAUAAGUAUAAAGAAGGCUAUCGUAAGCAGCUUGGCCACCAUAUUGGAGCGCGGAACAUAGAGGAUGACCCGAAGAUGCUGUGGUCUAUGCACGUAGCCAAGGUCCAGAGUGACAGGGAGUACAAGAAAGCCUUUGAGAAGACAAAGACGCACUUCAGUAGCCCGGUGGACAUGCUGGGAAUUGUGUUGGCAAAGAAAUGUCAGGAGCUGGUCAGUGAUAUUGAUUACCGCCACUAUCUGCAUCAGUGGACCUGUCUGCCAGACCAGAAUGAUGUUAUCCAUGCUAAGAAGGCCUAUGAUCUACAGAGUGAUAAUUACUACAAGUCAGACCUUGAAUGGCUGCGGGGCAUUGGCUGGGUCCCAAUUGGUUCCUUGGAUGUUGAAAAAGCCAAGAAAGCAGGAGAGAUUUUGAGUGAUAAAGUGUACCGUCAGCCUCCAGACACAAUCAAGUUUACUAGUGUCACUGAUUCUCUGGAGAUGGUCUUAGCCAAGCAGAAUGCAGAGAUGAUGAAUAAGCGUUUAUAUACUGAGGCCUGGGAUAAAGACAAGACACAAAUCCAUAUAAUGCCUGACACACCUGAAAUCACACUGGCAAAACAGAAUAUGCAAAACUACAGUGCGAAACUUUAUAAACAUGCCAUGGAAGAAGCAAAAAAGAAAGGCCAUGACUUGCGAGGAGAUGCUAUUCCCAUUCAAGCUGCCAAAGCAUCCAGAGAAAUUGCCAGUGAUUACAAAUACAAAGAAGGCUAUCGCAAGCAGCUUGGCCACCAUAUUGGAGCGCGGAACAUAGAGGAUGACCCGAAGAUGCUGUGGUCUAUGCACGUAGCCAAGAUCCAGAGUGACAGGGAGUACAAGAAAGCCUUUGAGAAGACAAAGACGCACUUCAGUAGCCCGGUGGACAUGCUGGGAAUUGUGUUGGCAAAGAAAUGUCAGGAGCUGGUCAGUGAUAUUGAUUACCGCCACUAUCUGCAUCAGUGGAUCUGUCUGCCAGACCAGAAUGAUGUUAUCCAUGCUAAGAAGGCCUAUGAUCUACAGAGUGAUAAUUACUACAAGUCAGACCUUGAAUGGCUGCGGGGCAUUGGCUGGGUCCCAAUUGGUUCCUUGGAUGUUGAAAAAGCCAAGAAAGCAGGAGAGAUUUUGAGUGAUAAAGUGUACCGUCAGCCUCCAGACACAAUCAAGUUUACUAGUGUCACUGAUUCUCUGGAGAUGGUCUUAGCCAAGCAGAAUGCAGAGACAAUGAAUAAGCGUUUAUACACUGAAGCGUGGAAUAAAGACAAGACUAUGAUUCAUGUUAUGCCUGACACACCAGAAAUUCUACUAGCUAAGCAAAACCAAAUGAACUACAGUCAGAAAGUGUACAAACUGGCUUUGGAGGAAUCGAAGAAGAAGGGUCAUGAUCUGCGUUUUGAUGCCAUUCCUAUCCAAGCUGCCAAGGCAUCCAGAGAGAUUGCCAGUGAUUACAAAUACAAAGAAGGCUAUCGCAAGCAGCUUGGCCACCAUAUUGGAGCGCGGAACAUAGAGGAUGACCCGAAGAUGCUGUGGUCUAUGCACGUAGCCAAGAUCCAGAGUGACAGGGAGUACAAGAAAGCCUUUGAGAAGACAAAGACGCACUUCAGUAGCCCGGUGGACAUGCUGGGAAUUGUGUUGGCAAAGAAAUGUCAGGAGCUGGUCAGUGAUAUUGAUUACCGCCACUAUCUGCAUCAGUGGAUCUGUCUGCCAGACCAGAAUGAUGUUAUCCAUGCUAAGAAGGCCUAUGAUCUACAGAGUGAUGCUGUUUACAAAUCAGAUUUGGAAUGGCUAAGGGGAAUUGGAUGGGUACCUAUUGGUUCUGUGGACAUUGAGAAAGCAAAGAAAGCUGGAGAAAUCCUGAGUGAAAAGAAGUAUCGUCAGCCAGCAGAUCAGAUUAAAUUUACUAGUGUGCCAGAUUCUUUGGCCAUGGUCUUAGCCAAGCAAAAUGCUGAGAUGAUGAACAAGCGAUUAUACACAGAAGCCUGGGAUGCUGACAAAACUUCAAUUCAUGUAAUGCCUGAUACACCAACAAUACUAUUAGCAAAGGCCAAUGCAGCUAAUAUUAGCCAAAAACUUUAUACACAAGCCUGGGACGAAGCCAAAAAGAAGGGUUAUGACAUGAGAGCUGAUGCAAUUCCAAUCCGAAGUGCAAAAGCAUCAAGAGAUAUUGCAAGUGAUUACAAGUACAAAGAAACCCACGAGAAACAGAAGGGGCACUACAUUGGGUGCCGAACCGCCAAGGAGGAUCCCAAACUGUCGUGGGCCGCGCGUGUGAUGAUGAUGCAGAACGACCGAAUCUACCGGAAGGCAUACCACGAUUCAAAGUCCCGGGUCCACAUACCGGUCGAUAUGAUGGCUGUGCGGGCAGCCAAGGAGUGCCAGACGCUGGUCAGUGAUGUUGACUACCGGCAUUACCUCCACGAGUGGACGUGUUUGCCUGACCAGAAUGAUGUGAUCCAAGCAAGGAAGGCCUACGACCUGCAGAGCGAUAACCUGUACAAGUCCGACCUGGAAUGGUUGCGUGGCAUUGGCUGGUUGACAGAAGGUUCUGUGGACGUGGUUAAAGCAAAGAGAGCCCAGGAGCUCCUGAGUGAGAGGUUGUAUCGCACACGGCCAGAGGAGCUGAAAUUCACCAGCAUAACUGACACGCCAGAUGUUGUCCAGGCUAAGAUCAAUGCUUUGCAGAUCAGUGACCACCUGUACCAUGAGGCCUGGGACAGAGAUAAGACGCAGAUCUCCAUGCCUUCUGACACACCUGUAUUGCUGCAAUCCAAAGUUAACGCUCAGAACAUCAGCAAUAAACAUUAUCAGAAGGCCUGGGAGGAGGCCAAGGCGAAAAGCUAUGACAUACGAGCCGAUGCCAUUCCCAUCAAGCAUGCCAAGGCUUCCAGAGACAUUGCUAGUGAGUACAAGUACAAAGAAACCCACGAGAAACAGAAGGGGCACUACAUUGGGUGCCGAACCGCCAAGGAGGAUCCCAAACUGUCGUGGGCCGCGCGUGUGAUGAUGAUGCAGAACGACCGAAUCUACCGGAAGGCAUACCACGAUUCAAAGUCCCGGGUCCACAUACCGGUCGAUAUGAUGGCUGUGCGGGCAGCCAAGGAGUGCCAGACGCUGGUCAGUGAUGUUGACUACCGGCAUUACCUCCACGAGUGGACGUGUUUGCCUGACCAGAAUGAUGUGAUCCAAGCAAGGAAGGCCUACGACCUGCAGAGCGAUAACCUGUACAAGUCCGACCUGGAAUGGUUGCGUGGCAUUGGCUGGUUGACAGAAGGUUCUGUGGACGUGGUUAAAGCAAAGAGAGCCCAGGAGCUCCUGAGUGAGAGGUUGUAUCGCACACGGCCAGAGGAGCUGAAAUUCACCAGCAUAACUGACACGCCAGAUGUUGUCCAGGCUAAGAUCAAUGCUUUGCAGAUCAGUGACCAUCUGUACCAUGAGGCCUGGGACAGAGAUAAGACGCAGAUCUCCAUGCCUUCUGACACACCUGUAUUGCUGCAAUCCAAAGUUAACGCUCAGAACAUCAGCAAUAAACAUUAUCAGAAGGCCUGGGAGGAGGCCAAGGCGAAAAGCUAUGACAUACGAGCCGAUGCCAUUCCCAUCAAGCAUGCCAAGGCUUCCAGAGACAUUGCUAGUGAGUACAAGUACAAAGAAACCCACGAGAAACAGAAGGGGCACUACAUUGGGUGCCGAACCGCCAAGGAGGAUCCCAAACUGUCGUGGGCCGCGCAUGUGAUGAUGAUGCAGAACGACCGAAUCUACCGGAAGGCAUACCACGAUUCAAAGUCCCGGGUCCACAUACCGGUCGAUAUGAUGGCUGUGCGGGCAGCCAAGGAGUGCCAGACGCUGGUCAGUGAUGUUGACUACCGGCAUUACCUCCACGAGUGGACGUGUUUGCCUGACCAGAAUGAUGUGAUCCAAGCAAGGAAGGCCUACGACCUGCAGAGCGAUAACCUGUACAAGUCCGACCUGGAAUGGUUGCGUGGCAUUGGCUGGUUGACAGAAGGUUCUGUGGACGUGGUUAAAGCAAAGAGAGCCCAGGAGCUCCUGAGUGAGAGGUUGUAUCGCACACGGCCAGAGGAGCUGAAAUUCACCAGCAUAACUGACACGCCAGAUGUUGUCCAGGCUAAGAUCAAUGCUUUGCAGAUCAGUGACCACCUGUACCAUGAGGCCUGGGACAGAGAUAAGACGCAGAUCUCCAUGCCUUCUGACACGCCUGUAUUGCUGCAAUCCAAAGUUAACGCUCAGAACAUCAGCAAUAAACAUUAUCAGAAGGCCUGGGAGGAGGCCAAGGCGAAAAGCUAUGACAUACGAGCCGAUGCCAUUCCCAUCAAGCAUGCCAAGGCUUCCAGAGACAUUGCUAGUGAGUACAAGUACAAAGAAACCCACGAGAAACAGAAGGGGCACUACAUUGGGUGCCGAACCGCCAAGGAGGAUCCCAAACUGUCGUGGGCCGCGCGUGUGAUGAUGAUGCAGAACGACCGAAUCUACCGGAAGGCAUACCACGAUUCAAAGUCCCGGGUCCACAUACCGGUCGAUAUGAUGGCUGUGCGGGCAGCCAAGGAGUGCCAGACGCUGGUCAGUGAUGUUGACUACCGGCAUUACCUCCACGAGUGGACGUGUUUGCCUGACCAGAAUGAUGUGAUCCAAGCAAGGAAGGCCUACGACCUGCAGAGCGAUAACCUGUACAAGUCCGACCUGGAAUGGUUGCGUGGCAUUGGCUGGUUGACAGAAGGUUCUGUGGACGUGGUUAAAGCAAAGAGAGCCCAGGAGCUCCUGAGUGAGAGGUUGUAUCGCACACGGCCAGAGGAGCUGAAAUUCACCAGCAUAACUGACACGCCAGAUGUUGUCCAGGCUAAGAUCAAUGCUUUGCAGAUCAGUGACCACCUGUACCAUGAGGCCUGGGACAGAGAUAAGACGCAGAUCUCCAUGCCUUCUGACACGCCUGUAUUGCUGCAAUCCAAAGUUAACGCUCAGAACAUCAGCAAUAAACAUUAUCAGAAGGCCUGGGAGGAGGCCAAGGCGAAAAGCUAUGACAUACGAGCCGAUGCCAUUCCCAUCAAGCAUGCCAAGGCUUCCAGAGACAUUGCUAGUGAGUACAAGUACAAAGAAACCCACGAGAAACAGAAGGGGCACUACAUUGGGUGCCGAACCGCCAAGGAGGAUCCCAAACUGUCGUGGGCCGCGCGUGUGAUGAUGAUGCAGAACGACCGAAUCUACCGGAAGGCAUACCACGAUUCAAAGUCCCGGGUCCACAUACCGGUCGAUAUGAUGGCUGUGCGGGCAGCCAAGGAGUGCCAGACGCUGGUCAGUGAUGUUGACUACCGGCAUUACCUCCACGAGUGGACGUGUUUGCCUGACCAGAAUGAUGUGAUCCAAGCAAGGAAGGCCUACGACCUGCAGAGCGAUGUUGUCUAUAAAUCAGAUCUGGAAUGGCUCCGUGGAAUUGGCUGGUUGCCAAAUGAUUCUCCUGAUGUAAAGAGAGUAAAGCAUGCCCAGGAUCUCCUGAGUGACAAUGUGUACCGUACACCUAUAGAAAGCCUGAAAUAUACCAGUGUUGUUGAUUCUCCAGAUGUUCUUCAAGCUAAAGUUAAUGCUGAACAAGUCAGCGUUCCAAAAUACAAAGAAGCAUGGGAAAAGGACAAGACUAUGAUACAUAUGACGUCAGACACACCUGCAAUCAACCUAGCCAAGACUAAUGCUCUUAAUUAUAGCCAGAAACUGUACAAGGAAGCUUGGGAUGAGUUGAAAAUGAGUUGUGAUUUGAGAGCAGAUGCAAUCCCCAUCAAGGCAGCCAAAGCUUCCAGGGAAAUUGCUAGUGAUUAUAAAUACAAACUGGAUCAUGAGAAACAGAAAGGACAUUAUGUUGGAGUUCCGAAUGCCAAAGCAGAUACGAGAAUGCGGUUUGCCCUUGGCAUAGGCAAGGUUCAAAGUGAACUAGAGUACAAGAAGCACUUUGCCAAAUGGAAGGCACAGUGCCACCUGCCAGCUGAUAUGUUAUCCAUUCUGUCAGCCAAGCAUGGUCAAUCCUUAGUCAGUGAUGUUGAUUACCGUCAUUACUUGCAUCAGUGGAUCUGUCUUCCAGAUCAGAAUGAUAUCAUACAUGCUAGGAAAGCCUACGAUCUUCAGAGUGAUGCUGUUUACAAAUCUGAUUUAGAAUGGCUACGUGGAAUUGGAUGGUUGCCAAAUGAUUCAGUUGGAAUCAACCAUGUCAAACAUGCUGGAGAUCUCUUGAAUGAGAAAAAGUAUCGUACAAAAGCUGAAACUCUUCCAUUUACUCCAGUGGCAGACAGAGUUGAUUAUAUCACAGCAAAGAAAAGUGGUGAAAUUCUUAGUGAUGUUAAAUAUCACAAAGCAUGGAAUGAAGUCAAGUCGAAUUACACUCUCACUGAUACACCACAGCUAGAUAUGGCCCGAGAGGCAGCCAGAAUUCUUAAUCAAAAUUUAUACAAGGAAAGCUGGGAGAAAGAAAAAGCCACUGGUUACCUCUUACCUCCUGACACAGUGCAGAUCUGUCAUGCCAAGCACUCAAAUGAUGUCCAAAGUGAACUUAAAUAUAAAGUUGACUAUGUGAAACAACGAGGACACUACGUUGGAGUUCCCUCUAUGAGAGAUGACCCCAAACUGGUGUGGUUUGAGCACGCAGGCGAGAUCCAGAAUGACAGAUUGUACAAAUCAGAUUAUCACAAAACUAAGUCUAGAAUUCACAUUCCUCCAGAUAUGAUGUCAGUUAUGGCAGCCAAGGAAUGUCAGACCUUGGUCAGUGAUAUUGAUUACCGCCAAUACCUGCAUCAAUGGACAUGUCAUCCUGACCAGAAUGACUGUAUUCAGGCUAGGAAGGCCUAUGAUCUGCAAAGUGAUAAUAUUUACAAAUCUGAUUUGGAAUGGCUCCGCGGCUGUGGUUGGAUUCCUCUGGAUUCAGUGGAACACAAGAAAGUUAAGCAUGCACAAAAAUUGAUAAAUAAGAGAGCAUAUACAAAAGAAGCCCUUGAUAAUUUUUCCAAUUAUACAAGUGUGGUUGAUACUCCAGACAUUGUUUUGGCAAAGAUUAACUCUGUCAAUCAGAGUGAUCUAAAAUACAAAGAAACAUUUAACCUUGAGAAAGGCCAGUACAUUGGGUCUGAUGAUACUCCUGCGCUGAACCAUGCCAGAGACAUGUCCUUACUAUAUAGUGAUAAACUUUAUAAAAAUGCUUGGGAAAUCAGUAAGCCUAUUGGUUAUACUUUGGAUGAGAAGUACAUCCCACUUGUUGGAGCUAAGCAUGCAAAUUACAUUAAUAGUGAGCUUAAAUAUAAGGAAAUAUAUGAGAAGCUGAAAGGCCAUUACCUGGCUGGGAAGGAUAUUGGUGAUUUCCCCGGUGUCAUUCACUCACUAGCAUUCCAGAAAAUACGGAGCGCGUUGGCAUACAGAAAGAAUUAUGAAGAUACCAAAGCAAAUGUCCAUAUCCCAAGUGACAUGAUGAAUCAUGUGCUAGCUAAAAAAUGCCAGUAUAUUCUCAGUGAUCUAGAAUACAGAACUUACUUUCAUCAGUGGAAUUGUUCACCUGAAGAAAAUGAUGUUAUUCAAGCCAGAAAAGCCCAGGAGAUUUUGAGUGAUGUGGUAUAUAAAGAUGACUUAAAUUGGCUGAAGGGACUUGGAUGCUAUGUCUGGGAUACUCCGCAAAUCCUGCAUGCUAAAAAAUCGUAUGACCUCCAGAGCCAAAUAAAAUAUACAGCUGCAGGAAAAGAGAAUUUGCAGAACUUUGGUGUUGUUACUGAUACACCUCUCUAUGUGACUGCAGUGCAGAGUGGUAUAAAUGCUAGUGAGGUGAAAUACAAAGCAAAUUACCACAAAACUAAAGACAAGUAUACAACUGUGACUGAAACAGUGGAUUCUGAAAGAGUUCAAAAUUUGAAACAUCUUUUUAGCAAUAAUCUCUACAAGGAAGCCUGGGAUAAAGUGAAAGCUACUGGCUAUAUGUUGCCCUCUGAUACAGUCUCCUUAGCACGUGCAAAAGAACUGAAGCAUAAUGCUAGUAUAGUAAAAUAUCGGGAAGAGUAUGACAAGUUUAAAGCAUUGUACACAUUACCCAGAGGUGUUGAAGAUGAUCCCAACACAGCAAGGUGCCUGAGAGUUGGAAAGCUUAAUAUUGAUCGCCUGUACAAGGAAGUCUAUGAAAAGAAUAAAGCCAAAAUCCACAUUAUUCCAGACAUGGUAGACAUAAUUUCUGCUAAGGAUGCACAGAAGAAAGUCAGUGAAAUUGAUUACCGCACACAUCUUCAUGAGUGGAUGUGUCUACCAGAUCUUCAAAUCAAUGCCCAUGUUCGAAAAGUCACUGAUCAACUUAGUGAUGUGGUAUAUAAGGAUGAUCUCAACUGGCUGAAAGGCAUUGGCUGCUUUGUCUGGGACACUCCUGAAAUUCUUCAUGCCAAACAUGCAUAUGACCUUCGCAGUGAUAUUAAGUACAAAUCUAAGGCAGAGAAAAUGAAGAAUGACUACACUGUGGUCAUGGACACUCCUGUUUAUGUCCAGAAUGUCCUCAGUGGCAAGAAUCUGAGUGAAGCUAUCUAUCGCAGCGAAUAUAGACACAAUAUCAAAGGCAAAAUGAUUCCUACUAAUAAAACAGUAGAUUUGGAGCGGGCAAAUCAUGCACACAAAAUACAGAGUGAAAAUUUGUAUCGCUGGGCUGGUUUGAAUGCUCUACCUACUGGAUACAAACUUCCUACAAAUACCCCAAGCUUUCAGCAUGCUAAACAUGUCCAAUACAUUGGCAGUGAUCUGAAAUAUAAAGAAGCCUAUGAACAUAUGAAAGCUAAAGGUUAUACUCUGGGACCUAAAGAUGUUGGGUUUGAAAAUGUAAAGAAAGUGAAUCAAGUCAUUAAUGAGAGGCUGUAUCGGGCAAUAUACCACAAGUACAAGGACAAGAUUCAUACCACUCCUGACACACCAGAAAUCCGUCAAGUCAGAGCUACACAGGAAGCUGUCAGUGAUCUCAUCUACAAGUCAGAUUUCUUUAAGAUGCAGGGACACUUGAUUCCCCUGCCAUACACACCUCAGGUGUUACACUGCCGCUAUGCUGUGGACAUCGCAAGUGAUAAUAAAUACAAAGAGGAUCUAAAGUGGUUGAAGGGCUUGGGUUGCUUCCUAUAUGAUACGCCUGACAUGGUCCGUGCUCGCCAGCUGCGUAAACUUUGGUCUAAUUAUAUAUACACUGAUAAUGCAAAGAAGAUGCGAGAUAAAUACAGUGUGGUAUUGGAUACUCCUGGAUACAGGACUGUUCAAGAAUUAAAAACACAUUUGAGUGAACUGGUUUACAGAGCUGCAGGCAAGGAGCUGAAGACAAAAUAUACUUCCAUCCUUGAUACACCUGAUUUCUUAAGAGCCAAACAAGGACAAAAAAUACAGAGCCAGUAUUUGUAUGUGGAGCUUGCCACAAAAGAAAGACCCCAUCACCAUGCUGGUGGUCAGACUCCAGCUUUUACCCAUGCUAGGCAUGUAAAGGACAUGGUUAGUGAGAAAAAGUAUAAAAUCCAAUAUGAGAAGAUGAAGGACAAAUACACACCUGUCCCUGACACACCAAUCUUGAUCAGAGCCAAGAGAGCAUACCUGAAUGCUAGUGAUUUGCGCUACAAAGAAACCUUUGAGAACGCAAAGGGGAAAUACCACACAGUGAAAGAUGCUUUGAAUAUUGUCUAUCAUCGAAAGGUCACUGAUGAUAUAAGCAGUGUGAAAUAUAAAGAAAACUACAUGAGUCAGUUGGGAAUCUGGAGAUCUAUCCCAGACCGGCCAGAGCAUUCCCAUCAUCGUGCAGUCACAGAUGCUAUCAGUGAUGUUAAAUAUAAGGAAGACUUAUCAUGGCUUAGAGGCAUCGGCUGUUAUGCAUGGGAUACACCAGAUUUUGCUCUAGCAGAAAAAAAUAAGGUGCUCUACAGUGGGUGUAAGUACAAGGAGAUAUUUGAGAAGACCAAGUCUCAUUUUAAGUAUGUAGCUGACUCUCCAAUUAACAGGCAUUUUAAAUAUGCCACUAAGUUGAUGGAUGAGAAAAAGUAUAAGUCCUUUGCCAAGAUGUUGCUGAAACAAGGAUGUAAUGAAAUUCUGAGGCCAGAUAUGCUGAGAGCACUCUACAACACAUACUUAUGGAGCCAGGUCGAAUAUAAAAAGGAAUAUGAAAAGAAGAAAGACAAAUAUACUACAAUUGUGGAUACUCCAGAACACCUAAGGACUACAAAAGUGAACAAACAGAUCAGUGAUAUUAUUUACAAGUUGGAAUAUAACAAAGCAAAGCCUAAAGGAUAUACUACAAUCCAUGAUACACCAAUGUUACUGCAUGUGCGCAAGGUCAAGGACAGAAUAAGUGAUCUGAAAUACAAAGAGCUGUAUGAGAGGAAUAAAUCUCAUUGCAAUGUCAUAGUCGAUUCAGUUCAUAUUAAGACUCCAAGGCAUGCUUACAAGCUAAACAGCAAUCUGGAUUAUAAGAAAAAAUAUGAAGCAGCCAAAGCUCAUUGGCACUGGAUUGCCGAUAGGCCUGACUUUGUGCAAGCAGCCAAGUCAUCUCUGCAACAGAGUGAUUAUGAAUACAAGCUGGACCGUGAAUUCCUAAAAGGAUGCAAACUCUCUGUCACAGAUGAUAAAAACACAGUAUUGGCUUUAAAUAAUGCCAUCUUGGCAAGUGAUAUAAAAUACAAAGAGAAGCAUAACAAAGCUCGAGGAACAUACCACGUUGUUCCAGAUACACCUCAGAUCCUCUUGGCUAAGAAUGUCAGCUCUCUUGUGUCUGAGAACAAAUACAAAGAACAUAGCAAGAAGCAGCUUCCACAUGGGUCUUAUACAACCCUGCCUGAGACACGAGACACUGCUCAUGUGAAAGAGGUGACCAAGAAUGUCAGUGAGACAAAUUAUAAAAAGAACUUUGUGAAGGAGAAAGGCAAGUCUAACUAUUCAGUGAUGUUGGAGCCUCCUGAAGUGAAACAUGCCAUGGAAGUGGCUAAGAAACAGAGUACCAUUGAAUACAAGAAAGAUGCCAAAUCCAAGCUCCACUACACACCUAUAGCAGAUCGACCAGAUAUUAAAAAAGCAACGCAAGCUGCCAAGUUAAUUAGCGAUAUUGACUAUAAGAAGCGUGGAGAAGCUGGCAUAGGUGUAACAAUGCUGGGACGUCCGGAUAUUGAACUUGCAAAGGAGGUGUCAAAGCUAACUAGCCAGGUUAAAUACAAGGAGAAUUUUUCCAGAGAGAAGGGUAAAAAGCCAAAGUAUGAUUUAAAGGAGGCUAAAAUCUACAAGACCAUGAAAGAUGCUCACAACAUGGCUAGUGAGGUGAAGUAUAAGGCAGAUUUAAAGAAACUUCAUAAGCCUGUCACAGACAUGUCUGAAUCGCUGAUUAUGAACCAUGUCCUGAGUACAAGCCAACUCGCCAGUGCUUACCAGUACAAGAAGCAAUAUGAGAAGAGUAAGGGUCACUACCAUGUGGUGCCAGAUAAUCUCGAACAGGUUCAUCUAAGGGAGGCAUCAGAACUACAGAGCCAAGUUAAAUACAGAGAAAAGUAUGAGAAGGAAAAAGGAAAACCUAUGUUGGACUUUGAAACUCCAACAUACCUUACUGCAAAAGAAUCUCAGCUCAUGCAGAGUGAGAAAGAAUAUAAGAGGGACUUUGAAGAGUCCAUUAAGGGCAGAAACCUAACUGGCUUGGAGAUUACACCGUCCUUAUUACAUGUCAAAUAUGCAACCAAAAUAGCAAGCGAGAAAGAGUACAGGAAGGAUCUGGAGGAAGGUGUCAAAGGCAAAGGUCUAACAGCCUUAGAAGAGACUCCAGACAUGUUAAGAGCAAAGAAUGCAACUCAAAUCCUAAAUGAGAAAGAGUACAAAAAAGCACUGGAAUUGGAAAUCAAAGGAAGAGGUCUGACAGAACUGGCUUUGGAGACGCCAGAUUUUGUGAGAGCAAAGAAUGCCACUGACAUUGCCAGCCAGAUCAAAUACAAACAGUUGGCAGAAAUGGAGAAAGCCAACUACACCAGUGUUGUUGAUACUCCAGAGAUUAUUCAUGCCCAGCAGGUCAAGAACCUUUCAAGCCAGAAAAAGUAUAAGGAAGAUGCAGAAAGGACCAUGCCAUACUAUGUGCCUGUUACAGACACACCAGAAAUGCAGAGAGUCCGUGAGAAUCAAAAGAACUUUAGCACACUUCAGUAUCAGUGGGACCUACAGAACAGUAAAGGAAAAGUUACUGUGGUACAAGACACACCAGAAAUACUGCGCGUGAAAGAAAACCAGAAGAAUUUCAGCUCGAUUUUAUAUAAAGAAGAUAUUGGAACUGGAACUACUAUUGAAAAGACACCAGAGAUGCAGAGAGUUAAGCGAACCCAGGAUGCAAUUAGCUCGAUUAAGUACAAGGAGAGCAUUGGAAAAGGAACUCCAAUUCCUGAUCUCCCGGAAGUGAAGCGUGUCAAGGAGACCCAGAAACACAUCAGCUCGGUGUUGUACAAAGAGGACCUAGGGACAGGUACCCCAACACCUGUCACUCCAGAAAUAGAGAGAGUCAAACGCAAUCAAGAACACAUUAGCUCGGUGUUAUACAAAGAGGGCUUAGGGACUGGCACUCCAACACCGGUCACUCCAGAGAUGGAGAGAGUCAAACGCAAUCAAGAGAACAUUAGCUCGGUGUUGUACAAAGAGGGGCUGGGGAUUGGAACCCCAGUACCUGUAACUCCUGAGAUGGAGAGAGUCAAACGCAAUCAAGAAAACUUUAGCUCGGUGUUGUACAAGGAGGAUCUGGGGACAGGGACCCCAACACCUAUCACUCCUGAGAUUGAAAGAGUCAAACGCAAUCAAGAAAUCUUUAGCUCGGUAUUAUACAAGGAGGAUCUGGGGACAGGGACCCCAACACCUAUCACUCCUGAGAUUGAAAGAGUCAAACGCAAUCAAGAAAUCUUUAGCUCGGUGUUGUACAAAGAGGAUCUGGGGACAGGAACCCCAAUACCUGUCACUCCUGAGGUUGAGAGAGUCAAACGCAAUCAAGAACACAUUAGCUCGGUGUUGUACAAAGAGAGCGUGGGGACUGGGACCCCCACUCCAAUCACUCCAGAGAUUGAGAGGGUCAAACGCAAUCAAGAAAUCUGUAGCUCGGUGUUGUACAAAGAAAACAUAGGGAAAGCAACCCCAACACCUGUCACUCCUGAGAUGGAAAGAGUCAAACGCAAUCAAGAAAUCAUUAGCUCGGUUUUGUACAAAGAAAAUGUGGGGAAAGUGACCCCAACUCCUAUCACUCCAGAGAUGGAGAGAGUCAAACGCAAUCAAGAAAUCAUUAGCUCGGUGUUGUACAAAGAAAACUUGGGGCGAGCAACCCCCACCCCUAUCACUCCAGAGAUGGAGAGAGUCAAACGCAAUCAAGAACACAUUAGCUCGGUUGUAUACAAAGAAGGUUUAGGGAAGGCAACCCCCACCCCGGUCACUCCAGAGAUGGAGAGAGUCAAACGCAAUCAAGAACACAUUAGCUCGGUUUUGUACAAAGAACAUCUGGCAAAAGGAACUCCAACACCAAUCACUCCAGAGAUGGAGAGAGCUAGGCGCAAUCAAGAAAACAUUAGCUCGGUUCUUUAUUCUGAUAGUUUCCGAAAACAAGUACAAGGCAAAGCUGCCUACGUACUGGAUACACCUGAAAUGCGGCGUGUAAGAGAGACCCAGAAACACAUAUCUACAGUGAAGUACCAUGAAGAUUUUGAGAAAAGCAAAGGUAGUUUCACGCCUGUAGUUACUGACCCCAUUACAGAACGCGUGAAAAAGAACAUGCAGGACUUCAGUGACAUCAGCUAUAGGGGCAUUCAAAGACGAGUAGUACAAAUGGAGCGAAGGCGUGUGGACCAGGAUCAAGAGAAUCUCACAGAUCUUCGUGUAUGGCGCACUAAUCCUGGGUCAGUCUUUGACUACGACCCAGCAGAAGACAACAUUCAGUCCAGAAGCUUACACAUGAUCUCUGUCCAAGCCCAGCGCCGUAGCAGGGAGCAUUCCCGCUCUGCCAGUGCCCUAAGCCUCAGCGGUGGGGAUGAGAAAUCUGAGCCCUCAGAUGGUGUGGAUCAACACUUGUCCUACUACAGCAAUGGGGGCUUCUUUACCACAACUACAACAGUGGGCUACAAACACGUUAAAACUAUAGAGCUGCCACAACAAAGAUCAUCUUCAGUUGCCACCCAGCAGACAACUGUAUCCUCGGUUCCUUCUCACCCAUCUACUGCUGGUAAGACGUACCGGGCCAUGUACGACUACAUGGCGGCCGAUGCCGAUGAAGUUUCCUUCAAAGAUGGCGACACAAUCGUAAACGUUCAAGCAAUCGAUGAAGGCUGGAUGUACGGGACCGUCCAGAGGACCGGCAAGACUGGCAUGCUGCCGGCCAACUACGUAGAAGCUGUCUAAAGCAACCCCAUCUUUCCAUAAAGCCUAUCGGCGUGGCAUAAACACGCAGGCACCUCUCACAACGUGAGCUGGGGCGGGGGGGGGGGGCCCUUCUCAGCGAGCCGUACCAUUUUCCAUGUCGGUAACGCUUUAUGAGCCAUCCUCUCGGGAGGCGUGGGGGAGGGUGGAGAGAGAGAAAACAACAACAAAAACACCCUACUGCCGUACUACAGUAACUGCAGAGCAAAACACUCUUAAAUUAUCUUUCCAAAACGCUUCUGAAAACUGCCUGUAAAAACACUACCAGUCAUCACUCAUAAGAGAACUGUAUUUUUACAUAGCCUGGACUUGCAUACAAAAUGUUUCUGUACUGAUAACCACCCUUUUGUUUACCAAGCUAGAAGUGCAAUCCAGUUGAUUAGCACAGAACUAGUCAGGUAUUUAAGAUUACUUAAUAUUACUUUAUUGGUUUUUUCCCAUGAAGAGAAAUAGUAGUUCUCUGGACUACUCUAAAAUGUUUGAAUGUAUGUAUUUCUUUUCCAUGUAAGCAAUACUUAAGCUUAGUAUCUCAAACCAAACAGUAUUUAUCUGGGGAAAAAAAUACCACAGCAAAAGCCUCUCUGCCUGCUAAGCACUCAUGCAUGUGUUUUUCAUCCAAGUGUUCUGGGGUCAAAAGCUGUUAUUUCUUGUAAAUUAGUGAGUAAAUAAAGCUAAUGUUUCUGCAGUA